AUGUCCCGCAACGUACGGCAACAACGGCCACCGACUACUCCUGUCAAGGUCUCCAGGCGUCGUGCCUCGGAUGCUUCGUCGUCACUCGACCUCUCUGAUGAGGGUGGUUAUUCUGGAGUAGAAGACAUCAGUGAUUCUGACGACGACGAUGAGGAUGGAAUAAAUGCGGUCGAGGAGGAGCAUAUUCUCUCGCAUGAACUGCACAAGCCUAUUCGCAGCUCACGCUCCCCUCGACCGCAUGAAGAAGACGAACAGGAUGAACAAGACGAUGAAGAUGACGGUGAGGGUGGGGAUGAGUACGAGGGCGAUGAUGACGACGCGGACGACAAUGCCAGCUGGGAUGGCAUCUCCUCUGAAGCAGACGCUGACGACGAUCUCACAAUUGAUCAGGGAUAUACCAGCACAGAACGGCGCGUCCGCUUCGAUAUCCCUGAAGAUUCGUCGGACGACGACUCGACAGAAACUGAUGACGAUGUAGACCAUGGUUUUUUCCCUGAUCUCUUCGUUGACAAGAGCAUCCUCGAUCCUUCUUUCCGUCGAGAAAUUGAGCAUGAUGCUGAUCCUUACGACUCGUCCAACUCGGAAGCAUUUUGGGAUAAUUAUUCUACCGCUGCCGGCGACUGGCUUGGCUUUGACGACGAGCCAGCCUCUGAUUUUGAGGCUUUGAUCAAAUCCUUGGACGAUCAAGAUAGUACGCCGGUUCCUACGCCUAUGGCAAACCAGGAUUUAUCAACUUCCACCAACACCCCCAUGGAUCUAUCCGACGAUGACGAGAUCUCCCUGGAUGGAUAUCAAACUGAUGGGGAUACCACCGAUGAGGAAGAUCCGCCUGAGAAACCCGUCCGACGUAAGACUCGGCGGGAGGCUAUAGACGAUGAUUCCGAUUCGGAUGUCAUUACGCUCGUUCGGCCACGCCGCGGCCAACCACGCGUUGGUCGGUUCAACCUCGACAAGUCUAGCAAGAAGCCCAUUGCGAUCUUGAACCCGAGAACCGGCAAGAUGAUGAUCUUCACUCAUCAAACUAUGAGAGGUAGAGGUUUCGAUCUCUCUCCAGAGCAAUUCAACUUCCACUAUUUUGACCAGACCCAGUCUUCUCCUAUGCUCAGCAAUCCGGGCAGUAUCAUGAUGAGCGGCAUGAUCUCCUCUAGCACUUACGGGGACUUUAUGAAUACGCACGCCGUUGGCCCUGAAGAAGCUUGGUAUUCUCAGUUAUCUGAUGGGAAUGCAGUUGAGACGUCUGAUUCGGACGAUCAAGUCGUCGAUGAAGCAGAGAAGAAUCUCAAGUUGGAAGAUUUCAUCACCUUGGAUAAUGACGAUGAGGAUGACGAGGGUGAUGAAUCAUCUGAAGAAGAGAAAACCCUCGAGAAUGACGAGACGGAGGAUCAAAUAUUCCGCACACCUGGUCGUACACCCGGCCGCCCCGGUACUGCGUCCAGCGAUGUAACAUCCCUCCUUGACCACUUCCAACAUAAUACCAAUAUCGUCGGCGCAUUCCGCCGGGACCAAGCGAAUCAUCAGUUAAUUAGCCGUAGCAAGGCUACCCGAGAAUCUCUCGCGUUCUCUGGUCCCUAUUUUGAGGGCACUCUCCGUGGCAUUAAGGAUGGGCGCAUCGCUACUACCAACGUUCCCAUUUCUCCCAUGCGUAAGCAGAAGAAGAUGCCCGAGCUCGCCAGCAGCCCUCUCUCAACCGUGACGCAGAAGAGGAAAGCAUCAUCGGAGCACCAUCUUGGCCAUAAACGGCAGAGGAGCAUUCCCGACGUAGAUCUCAGGAUCUAA